AUGGCGCUGUUGCGGUCAUUCAACCGACAGCGUGGCUUACGUAAAUGUCCCAUUUGUAGUGUUAUGGUCAAAGCUGGUAAAUAUUCAACACAUAUAAAUGAAUGUUUGAUGAAUUCGGAUGAUGACGAUUGCGUGGUUGUUGAGACCAUUACGGCAGAAGAAAAAAGGCGACGCGCUGCUGAGCAAAUCAUUUGUUUGGAUCAAAGUGGUGAGGAGUCAGCAAUUGGAAAUUCGGUCGCAAGUACCUCAGUGAAAUCAACGGCUACCGAAGAAAUGCUGCUGGAGUCAUCUGAUUCCAACAAUAACAUUUCAAACGAGACUGCAGCUGUUACGAGAAAAUCAGACAGAAUCGUAGAUACCAAUGGAACGGGAAAUAAGAGUAGAUGCGAAAAUCAGAGGAGAACCCGAAGUCGAAAUGAGACCAAUGAAAAAAGGCCAGUGGAUUCGAACGAUAGCGGCCAAUCGUCUGUUAGCAACAACAUUCAGGGUUUUGAAGAAGUCGAGAACAGAAUUCGUGGCAUUGGAACGGGUAGAACAAGCGAAAUGAUGGUUCAAGAGGAGUGUAAUGUAUUGGAGAGAACGACCCAUAAUAGGUCAGUUACUGAGAAUCUGAAUGCAGGAGAGCAAAGGAACGAAGAAGUUGAGGAAAGUUUUGGUCGAAUCGACUCAUCAACAUCGAUUCCAACGAGAAAAGGGAAGCAAGCGACAUUGAAUAACAAGAAGCGUUCAAUCAAGAUGAAUCUGAAUUAUAAAGUGAAGAAAGUCAAAAGGACAAGCGAAGUCGAGCCAAAUGAUAGAUCUGAAGAAGUGAGGUCGCAAAUCUCGCUGUCGAUGAAAAACACAAUCAAAAUGGAGAUCAAGACAGAGCCGAGAAUCUGUGAAACUGAGCGAGAAAUCAAAAAGUCUGAAAUUUCAUUAACGAGGAAGAGCAGUCCUAGGGUUGUCGCUCGUCCGCCAACUGUAAAUUCCUCACCAAGAAUGACGAGGAGCAAGCAUGGUGCCGAAGAGGAAUUGAUUAGCUUGGCAGAAGUGGCGAGAAGAAUUCGUAGGUCAUUGCGAAACUGCGAAACUGAAUUAUCGGCGACAGCUGUGCCGGAAUCUGCGUUGAAGAGUUUGGCUGAUGAUUGCAACGGAAACGACGACAAUAACGAUGCUGAUGAGACCACUACCGUAACUGAUAAUGCCACAGAAACGUCCACAUCUGAUGGUGAUGAUCAGCAGUCGAAUGCUUUGCCACCUUAUUAUUUGGUGCUCUUUAUGAGAGUCCUUAAAAGGGUAUUGUACGAUCAGUGUGAUGAGCGAUCACAUUAUUCGCCAUUGUUUUGGGGUGAGAAUUUACGAAUGGCUGAAAAAUUUCUUUCCUUAUCAGGUGAAGCAAAAUGCCUUUUUGUGAGAUUAUUCACCCGUAAACGUCGUUGGGUCCUUGCGGAUCAUUUGAAUUAUGGCAGCAUCGCAACCGAUUUACUGCCACUCUUCAAAGAACUCGAUUCAGCCGGCUUGAUAGAAUCGUGUCGUUCGGGACUCAACGACUUGUCAGAGGCUAUCAAGUUGUUGCAUGCUCCAUCACUGAAAGUGAUCGGUAACAAAUUCCAUGUCAAUGUGAAAGUCGGUAAACUCAACAUUAUUCACUCAUAUGCAUUACUGCAAUUAUCGCUCAAUAAAAUUCGCUAUCCUGCACCAUUGUCAUCGCCGAUUAUUCCAAUUUACACGGAUCAAGAAAUGUUAUUCAGCUAUAUGAUUGCGAAAGAACUUGAAGCUGAAUUAGCCGAAGCAAUGGGUCGUUCUAAAUGGGAAGACGUUGAAAGUGGUGCUCAAAAAGCCGCUGAGUGUCUUUCUAAAAUAACCCCUGAAUAUAGGCGAGUUAUUUCAGUUUUGAUAAUCCGAUGCGAGGCACUUCCUCCAUAUUUACGUCGGUAUACCGACAUCUGGGUGUAUACUCGGUGCAUGUCGUUCGGCACCGAAGCGUUGCAAAGACAGCGAAAAUACAAAGAAGCCGUAGCUUGGUUGAAGCGUUUACUCUAUUCUGAAGACAUGAAAAACUUCGUGAUGGAUGCUCGAGGUGGUUGGUGGGAUCGAUUGGCGCUGAAUCUUGAUUCACAUUUGAAUCGAAAGUCGGAAGCAUUCCAGGCGAUUCGCGCUGGUCUGGAAGACGCCUGUGUUGGCGAUAAGGAUAGAUUGCUACUUCAGGACCGUGGUGAGAAGAUCGAUGCAAAUUGGAAGGGACCAUUGAAUGUGCCGGAUCCCGAGCGCGUGGAUAUUUCCGGUUCAACUCUGAGCAAAAACCUUGGCGAUUCACGUUCAAAUCGAUUCAUUAUUACGAGCACCGAUACACACUACGAGUGUUCUGUUGAAGGAGUCGCCUUGAACCAUUACUUAAAAAAUGGCUUCAAGGAAGGCGUUCAUGCCGAGGGCAGUGUAUGGCACACUGUAUAUGGUUUACUCUGUUACGAUAUCAUUUUCGAUGAUCACGUCAAAAAUGUUUGGUUCAGUGAGACUCAGGUAAAUUUUUAG